CUAGCAGUUGACAGAGUACGCCAAGCUGAUGCCCGCGUAGUCUGCUACUGUGAUGGGCUUCAGCUGGCUAUUCGGCUAUCUGCUGCUCUACAGGCUGUUCAAUGCCCUCUUUAUACGCACAUUCUUCCAGCCAGAUGAAUACUACCAGUCCAUCGAGCCCGCUCAUGUCCUUGUCUACAAGUACGGCUUCUUGCCCUGGGAGUAUCGCAAAGAGAUUCGCUCCAUUGCACACCCGCUCCUCUUUGCGAUCCCUUUCAAGUUAAUGCAGCUCCUGGGCUUGGACUCGUCAGCCAAUCUCUUGAUGGUCCCUAAAUUGCUUGGUGCACUUCAAGCUGCAGUGACAGACUUUUACACUGUCCGUUUCGUCCACAAGACCUGGAGUCGCUCUGCUGGCUGGUGGGCUCUCCUUGUUACUGUUUUGUCUCCUUGGAACUUUUACGUGCUGCCACGGACCUUUUCGAGUUCGCUUGAGACGAGUCUGACUGCCUAUGCACUCUACAAGUGGCCCUUCACAGGCUUCCCACGUACCCUCGGCACUGAAGCACUUUGGAGCAAGUAUGUAGACACUGUACUCAAGGGUUUGGGUGCUAUCGGCGCAGCAGUGCUGAUUCGUCCAACAACAGCGUUACUCUGGCUUGUGCCUGGAUUACGCCAGCUCCGACUAUAUGGAACCACAUUUGCUUUCGAGGCAUUCUACGUUGCCUAUGUAACUCUCCAGUUCGGAGUGAUCAUCGACUCUUUCUACUACGGCAGACUAGCCUUUCCCUUGCUCAACUUUCUCAAGUUCAACUUGGGCGGCCAUGCAGACUUUUACGGUGUCAAUCAAGUACACUACUAUCUCUCACAAGGCUUGCCACUCCUGAUGUGUGCUUGGCUUCCCUUUGCUAUUCAUGGCGCGAUCAAAUCACGCAAGUCACAAGGCCAGUUGCUUGCAAUUUGUGCAACAACAUUGGCAGCUUAUACGAUGCUGAGACACAAGGAGGCACGCUUCAUUGCGCCACUUGUUGUGAUUCUCAAUGGCUUUGCGGCGUAUUCUUUGAGUCUGCUCAGUCGAACCAGCAAAUCGCCUGCCCUAAAACAUGACAAAACGGCUUCCACAAAGAAACAUCGGCGUGGCUCGCCUGCAUGGUUCAAGGUUGUGCUGGCUCUCGCCGCCGUGGUGAAUAUCAGUCUCGGAUACUAUGCCACGCGUGUGCACCAACGAGGUGUCAUGGAUUUGAUUGAGCAUGUCAGGAGACACCCUGAAGUGGAUGAGCUGCUCCUGUUGAUGCCCUGUCACUCGACGCCGUGGCAAUCACAUAUUCAUCGACAGGGCAACUUCAGAUUCCUGACUUGCGAACCUCCCCUUGGCGAUAUCUCGGCAGCGGGCUAUAGAGAUGAAGCAGACCAAUUCUAUGACGACCCGAUGGCAUUCCUAGCAAAGGAGAAGGAGUGGUCUGGUUGGGUUGCCACGUUCGAAGCAAGCCAGCAAGUCGUCGAGCAGUUCUGGACGCAACGCGGCGUUUCAUUUGAGAUUGAGCAACGAUGGUUCAAUACGCAUGGACACGAUGAUGCUCGGCGACGUGGCGAUGUGCUGCUGUACCGUAUAGCUUCUGCUAGUCUCUAACAACUCUUCUGAUGAUUUCGCUGCCCCUGAUCGGGCCGUGCACGGUGUGGUGGGAUUUAGCUAAAAAAAAAGCUACGUCGUAUUCAGCUCAACUACUGUCCUCCAUUAUAAGAAGGAAGCAAAACAGAGAACCUUCCGCACAAGGUGCCUCCAGCUCUCCACGCAGAACAACGCUUUAGUGCCGUAAGGCAAAUUGGCUGGUCAUAAGAGACACAGCAUAUCUCGUCACUCCCAGUGCUAGUCUCAAUAGUGAUGCUGUUCCCCAGCGUAUUUGUAGUAAGGAUUGCCGUAGCAAACCUACCACAAGACCAGACAGGCUGGCCAGCGCAAUGCUUUUUCGAAAAAACCCCGAAAAAAGCUUCGAAGCAAGCCGUUUCGACUAGUAUGGUGAGAU